AUGGCUGGGUUCCUCCUGGCCUCAGAAGAGCUGAGAAGCACCCCUGACAACUUCUCAGGGUCCAGGGCAAGGUGGCAGAUGCCGAGCCCAACAGAGGACCACUGGAGCACUGGGGAGGAGCUGGACUGGGUAAGAAAUGGGGCCCUGCUCCUCAAGGAGAUCAGGAGGUUCCGGAUGGAGGAAGCUGUCCGCCCGAGCUCCUUCCACUCCGGGCCCCACUCACCCUUCCGGGUAUCACCUCAUCAGCUCAUGUGGCCUCUGCCCAUGGCUCAGUGA